AUGUCUAGACAUAUGUUUAUAGCCCUAUUACUGAGUUUCGACCAUAGCACUGACCGCAAAAGUGAUAUCUAUUUCCAUUCCACUUUGAUAGCCUACUUUAUAGGUUUAACGGCUACAAUUAUCCAUCGUAUUGUGUUUGAAAAGGUUCAGCCAGCAAGAUUGCUUUUGGUACCAACUUGUUUGAGUACGCCAUUGCUAGUCGCUCUAUUACGUGGUGAAAUGGGAACAUUACUUGCCUAUCACGAUCACCCUGAGAGGAAUACUAAAAAUAAACAGGGCAAAGAUAUUGUGAACGCGAAGAAUUCUAGAAAUGUUACGUUGCCCGCUGAGGAUAUAAUAAGUAAUAAAGUUAAAUUCGUUUUUAAGCGGUUUUCGGAUGCCGACCACCUCAAGCAAAAAUGAAUUAUAGCGGUUUUGUUUGUUUGUUUGUUUGUGUGGGCGUGUAAGAAUGAAUUAUUAAAAUAAAUAAUGACAUAAAAUUGUAGUUCCUUGCUUUUUUGCACCUGGCAAUCGCGACGUACGCAUUCGCUGGAAAAUGCGUGCACUUUGCAACUUGAUCCGUGAAUAUGAAGUAAUUACAAAUCUACAAAGUUUUCAAAAUUUCAAUAAAUCAUAAAGUGAAUUUGGCUAAAUCGUCUCGCAAUCACCUUACAUUGAUUUGACACUCAUUUUCGGAAUUUAUGAACCUAAUGGAAAAACUAACUUUCUCUAAAUAUUUCGGUGGAAGGUAUAAAACAAAUGAAAAUUAUUUUUAAAAAAAAAGUUGAAAAAAAAAAUAGUUAAAAACUUUAUCAUUGUGAUUAUUUCAUGUUAUAAUGUUUUAAAACAUACAUGUGAAAAGCAUACAUAUUCAUUAAAUUUUUAAUAAAAAAUUUAA